AUGGGGGCCCUGGAGGGAUGGCCCCGGAAGGAACCGUCACGGAGAAAGCUGGUACUGGACCUGAGCUCUCCCCCGCCGGGCGCCCUGCAGAUGCUGUGGUGGCUGUUUCUGACCAUCCCCUGGCUGGGGGGCUCUGUGCCCGGACCCCUGGUUCAACGAGAGCCUGUCUGCGUGGACAUCGCUCUGCUGGGACUGGAGGACCCCCUGGCUCUCUCUGAGGAAGUGGAGGUUCCCAUCGUGAGGAACAGGGAGUGUGAUCACCGCUCCCAGAACUCUCCGGACCCAACGAUCAGAUCAUCAAGGGUGACAUGCUGUGUGCCUGGAGCGAGGGCCGGGACUCCUGCCAGGGUGACUCCGGGGGGGCCCCUAGUCUGCAAGCUGAAGCACGGCUGGUACUUGGUGGGCGUGGUCAGCUGGGGCUACGGCUGUGGCCUGCGCAACAUCCCCGGGGUCUAUGCUCGCGUCCACACCUACCAGCCGUGGAUCACGUGGCAGAUCCAGAGCGGCCCCUGACCCGGCCUGGGGCAGCGGCUCCUGCCUCCUCCUGGCACCUGCUGCUUCAACCCUGGCCCCUGGCCCUGGCCUGGGCCCCACCUUCUCGUCUGCUCUUCUCCGUGUCCACAGCUUCCCAGACGGCCGGCGGAUGGAGCAGGGAGAUGCUGGGGAGUGGGGUGAAAGGCCACUGUGGUGAGGGCGCCUCAUCCUGCUGUCUCUGUCCGAUUAAAGAGCUUAAUGACUG